AUGAGUAAUAAGAAAAAGAAUAUUUCUAAAAUUGAUGAUGGUUAUGAUGAUGUGGGAUAUUUCUGUGGAUGGAUUAAAAAAAAGAAUUCUAAAAAUGUGAAUAUUGAAUAGAAUAGAUUAUCGGUAAAUAAAUAGACAAGAAACUCUUUAUAUAAAUCUGUAUUAGAUAUUAGCAACAAUAAUUGUACAUCAUAAUUUAAUUAAUUAAAUUCAACUAAUCCAGAAACAUAAAGAUAAAUUAGUGAUGCAUCACCAUUUGCUAGCAAUUUAAUUGUACCUAUUUUUGAGAAUAAUUAUCCUUAAAAUUAGUUAUUUUAACUUAAGAAUAAUUAAAGUGGUGACACUAUUAUUGCUAAAAUCACAUCAGCUAAAAUUGAAGUUUCUAAGGCUAUACUUAUAAAUGAAGAUAUUUACAAUAAUCCAAGAAUUUCAGAUUAGAUCUCAAAAUAUAUAGCCUCUAGAAUUAAAGACUAAAUUAAUACAUUAGCAGAAUUAGGAUGUGGAGAUGGAGGAAAUACAGUUUAAGUAUAAUAUGAAAUAAAUAAAAGUUUGCAAAUUAUUUAGACUUUGUUAUUGCGAUUGAUAAAUCUACUGAAGCAUGUUUGAAAACAAGAAAAAAUUGUGAUAAAGGCAAUUAAAAUCAAGAUUUUCCAAAUCCAAAAGUAGAAAUCAUAAAUUCUGAUAUUUUUAAAUUAAAAAGACGUUUACCCUUUGAUAGUAUAUUCAUUCAUCCUACUAUUAAUGCAGAAUCAACUUAUAUUUGUAAAGAUUUAUUAAAAGAUUGUUAACCUAAUUUAUAAUAACUCUUAAUGAUGAUUUCAGAUUAGAUUGAAAAUUUAAUUAUUCAAUUUCCUGCUUAAAUUGAUUAUUCUUAAUUACCUCUCUUAUUAAAUAUUAAUCAACAAUAUUAAAAUAAUACUUAACAUAAAUAUUAAUCUUUAAUAACAAAAUAAAAAUAAUAGUAAUAAUUUAUUGCUCAUUGUUCACUCGAAAUUGAAAAAAUAUAUGUUAAUGGAAUACAUGUUCAAAAUAUAAUUUAUUAUGGUAAAAUUGCCAAUAUAUCCAGAGAGGAAUUAAGAUCAAUAUUAACUAUCUAAUUAUAAAAUUAAGAAGUUAAACCAGAAGCAAUUCAGAAUGUAAUAACAAAAUUAAAAGAUAAAAUAGGUAUUUAAUUUAAUACUUAUUAAAUUUAGGUAGCUUAGAAGUUGUUUAUGAAUUACUUUAAGCUUAAAGUUUUAAAUACAAUAUUGAUAAAUUUUUAGAAGUAGUGUGUGAAAAGUAUAAAUUAGACUAUUGUGAUUAUGCAUUCAUUCUUUAUCAAAAGUUAUCUAAGUAAUAUAUUGAAAUUAAUUAUAAUUUUAGAGAAUUUUCAUAAAAUACAUUUAAUUAUCAAUAUAAAUUUAGGGAAUCAACUAAUGAAUUACAAGAAUCUCAAUGUGCUUAUAGUCCCAAGUUUUCUUAUAAUUUGAAUGGAUUAUAAAUUGAUGACACAAAUUCUAUAGAUGAAAAUGAAGAUGUAGAAGUAUUAGGAUUAAGUUAGGAUGA